CUCGUCUUUCGCUUCACUGCCUUUGGACGACCUAUCCACAACAUGAAAAAAUUUGAAGAAGGCAUCUUUAGCGAUCUACGCAACCUCAAGCCCGGUCUCGAUGCCAUUCUAGAAGAACCCAAAUCUUCCUUUCUCGACUUUCUGUUCAAACACCAAUGCAUCCGUACCCAAAAGAAACAAAAGGUCUUUUUCUGGCGUUCCGUCCCUCACGAUCGUCUCUUUUUAGACGCCCUCGAACGCGAUUUGAAAAGAGAAAAACUCCAAUUGGACCCUACCUCCAAAGCCGUGGCAGAACCCGCCCUCUCCAUGACCUUGGAC